ACCGAAGUUAUUCGUCACGUGCUUUACACAUGGCAUGAAGGCAAACAAACCCUACAUCCAUACAAUGUGUACAUUAGGGAAUCCCAUCAGCUGUAUACAAAGCUCAACCGUGGAGCUCAAUGGCUAGCUCUACUCACGACGCGCGACUAGCCUACUGUCAGUCAGCUUAGCUAAUUCCGCAAGCACAUGCAUAGCAUGUAGAAGACUGUCAGUUGUUUGUUUGGCUGGCAUCGUUGCAUUCUUGGCAAACUUCUUGAGUCGGUACAACAGGAAAUCGGUUAUCUCAAAUCCAAACACUACAUGUACUUCUCAGUAUUGGUGUUUCAUGGAUUACCCAGCACUCAGAUAAGCUUGACUAAUUUGUCGCAGUAGGCAGGCCCAGGCCUACUCUUCUUGUCAUCUAACCAGCGACUGCCAAAACUAAGUUACAAACUCUUCAAAUAGGGAAAGGUUCAUCUGAGAGCUUUUUAAGAAGCACAAGCGAUCAUGACUGGCCGUCAAGUUCCACGGAUUUUCGCCAGUGCAUCUCGUCUGCGAUCCUUGCGGCACCCAGCCAGCACAAUGGCCGUGCCCCGGGAGCGCUCAACCCCACAACAGAUGGAAGAGACACGCUCGGAUAGGAGCACCGUGCAGAUGCACCAACUCAACAAAGUCGUCGUGGACAUGCCGAGUGGAAACCCCAACGAACCCACCGACUCCACUGUGAAUUCAGUGGCUGAGUCAUGGGGGACUUGCCCCGCUGGGCUCGGUACAACCACUGACGCAGCGCCGGUGCCGGUGGAACACAUCAAGACACCAUCAGCGAACGGUGUGCACACGCACGUACAGUCCUUCGAUGAGAUUCCUGGGCCGAAAGGAUGGCCUUUUAUUGGGACACUUGGCACUUACUUGGUUGGAAAUGGACUCAGCCGCAUCUAUGAACACCAGAUCGCUUUCACCAAACAGUAUGGCCCCAUUUGGAAGGAGCGUCUGGGGUCACUGGAGUUUGUUAACCUCGCUGACCCCGAGUUGGUCUCCAUGAUGUAUCGCCAUGACAACAAGUACCCAAUGAGAGUCGAUAUGAAACCCUGGAAGGCUUACAGAAUGCAUCGCAACGAGUCGCUUGGUGUGCUCACACACGAAGGCAAGCAGUGGCAUCGAGCACGCCGCCUACUGAGCAAGAAGAUCCUGCCGCCCAAGACAGUCGGCGCCUACGUUGGAGUCAUUAAUGAGGUCAUGGAAGACAUGAUUCAGAGGUUACGUUACGUCAGGGAUGUGACCAAUCAGGAUGGCCUGGUUCCUGAACUGACCAAUGAGAUGUACAAGUGGUCCAUGGAAUCAAUUUUCAAGAUCCUGUUUGAGACCAGGAUUGGCUGCCUAGACAAGCAGAUCCCAGCUGAGUCACAACGAUUUAUCGACUCCAUCCAUCAGAUGUUCAUCUCCGGUCAGAUCCUCUUUGUCACGUCACCGGAGUUCUUCAGGAAGUACAACCUCAAACCAUGGAGGGACCACGAAGCAGCAUGGGACUACAUCUUCAGUUUUGCCAGGAAGGCAGUGGACAACAGACUGGCUGAGAUAUCUGCCCAGUCUGAGGGUGAAGGCGAACUGGAAGCUGACGGAUUCCUGACCUACUUGCUGUCAAGCAAGCAACUCAGCAUGAAGGAGAUAUACAGCAAUGCCUGUGAAUUGCUCCUGGCUGGAGUUGACACUACCUCCAACACUCUGGCCUGGGUGUUGUAUGAGCUGUCCAGGCAUCCUGAGGUCGAAGAGCGGUUACACCAGGAGGUGUGCCAAGUCCUGGGCUCAGACAAGACAAGGAAGGCGAACACAGAGGACUUGGCUCAAAUGCCCUACCUCAAGAGCAUCAUCAAGGAAAUACUCAGAUUGUACCCCGUCGUUCCUGCCAAUAAUCGCAUUUUGGAGAAGGACAUCGUCAUUGGAGGUUAUCACAUCCCCAAGAAGACAAUCAUCGGUUCCCUGCAGUAUGUGAUUGGCAGGGACCCCAAGGUGUUCGAGGAGCCCAACUCCUUCAGACCCGAGCGUUGGUUGAGGGACAACUCUGGUCGCAUGCACUGCUCCAAUUCCAGCUUCGCCUCGGUGCCUUUCGGCUUCGGUCCCAGGAUGUGUAUCGGGCGGAGAAUUGCCGAACUGGAGCUGAACUUGGCCCUGGCUAAGAUCUCACAGACGUUCAAGUUGGAGUACCUUGGAGAGGGCACCGUUGCCCCUACAGUUCAGGGAUUGCUCGUCCCUGGGGGACCAGUCAAGGUCGGCUUCACAGACAGAUGAUGUGAUGGGCGGAAACCAACUGAUUAGAUUGAUCAAUGUCUAGGUCAAGUGAUUGCUCACAAGUGGCAUAUUAAAUGUGUCUGGAUAAGUCCAGCCUUUAAAAUGGCAACAUUGGUGGAUUUUAGUUUUGAGAUGCAAACAAGUAACUCCAGUCACAGUUCAAUUACAAAUAAACAGUAAACAAUUAACAGGGUAUGACAAAUGGUAAAGGAAGACCUUUGCUAAACAGCUUUUCACAUGUUGUAAGCCUGAAAGGCUUGUGAUUCACUUGUGAUGACUUCUGAAAACUUGUGAUGACUUACGAUAACUUGUGAUGACUAACGAUAACUUAUGAUAACCUGAUUACAACUCUUGAUUUAGUUUGUAUCUACAUACUGUUCCUAGGAAAUAAAUAAAAGAAAUAGACAGUUUUCAGGGAAAUACGUCAAAGAAACGUCUGAAAAAAAGAAAGAAACUCUCCACAAAUUUCACGAGGUUUAUUUGCACAUUGUGUGUGCAUACAAUCGAGGAAUGCAAGACCCUCUUUGUUGGGUUUUCUUUUUAUCAAAGUCUCUUUUUUAUUCUUCCAACCAUAAAUUGUAAAUGUCGCACGUUUGAGGGAGGGUCAGAGGUGGACCAAGGGUACAGUACCUGCAGAGUGAAACUCAAAUGGAGCAUAAGGAACAUUUUUGCUGUUGCCUCCCAGACAUUGUAAUUGAUGGGUUUGGCUCCACAAGGGAGCUUUUAAAUGUAACUCUACCCACAUGUGUUGAAUGUUUAGUUGAGGGUUGAUUGAGAACAGACUGACGUGUCAGUCCUGACUAAGAUUUAUUUUU